GACACUUUGACAGAAUUCGCAUAAAUUUUUGUAAACGAAAGGAAGUGGCGAUUAUUUUUGAAUCAGUAUUCAGUGCCCAGUGUUGAAUAAAUGUGGAAUAAAGUAUUGCUGAAUGCUGAAUGUUCAUAGCUAUUUAAAUAUUUAAACAAACAAUAAAAUGGCAGAUCGUCUAACCCAAUUACAGGAUACUAUAAACCAACAAGCAGAGCACUUUUGCAACAGCAUUGGUAUAUUGCAGCAGUUCUCUUCACCUAGUAAGUUUCCUGGUUUUGACCGAAGCGGAUCGCAAACGCCACAACAACAACAGAGUCAAGAGGAUUACGCUGUGUUAUUCGCGACACUGAUUUCUCGCUGUGCUAAGGAUAUCGACACGCUCAUUGAGUCUUUGCCUAGUGAAGAGAGCUCCACAGAACUUCAAGUGCAGAGUCUCAGACGUUUGGAGGCGGAAAAUAAGGAAGCAGCUGAACAAUUGGAAGAGGUUGUCCGCCAAGGUGAAAUACUUCUUGAGAAAAUUCAAGGUGCACUCAGCGAUAUAGCACAGAGUCAGCUUGAUAUGCAGAACCCAGCGACAAUUAUGGAAAAGGAUGUCAAGCCACAGUUAUAGAAAAGGAAACAUGUUGGUUGGUGCCAUCGGUGAUGAACUGUUAUGUGUUUGUGCUAAGUGAAGGUCUAUAGCUGCAAAUAUAAGGCUAUAAAAUAUAGGCUAUUAGCUAAGGCUAAAGGAUUGCAGUGUUUGUUGGUACUUUAUGUAUAUCCUAAUAAUACAAAUGAACAGUUCUAAGUAACAAUUUUUGUAUUGUAAUACCUGGGGCGUAACUGAUACACUUUAUAACAGUAGUUAUUCUAGUGUGUGAAAGAGAGGACUCUAGAUGAUCCGUCAAGCUCUUCCACAUGGGAAAUAGUACUGUUUUAAGCCUACUGUAACCCCUCUGGUAACUAUGAUAUUACAGUACGCGUCACGUAAAAAUAACGCUGGAUGAAAGUGAUGGGGUGUGUUUGCGCAUGGAUCGAGUUUUGCACGUAAGCUAUGUGCCGAUUAUUUUAUUUUUGAACUAGGCUCGCGAAUCGUGGCGUGGCGUUUGUUAUUCUUAUACCACCUCAUAACACCAAAUAGACCGAUAAAUCUCCAAUGCGCAGCUUAACCGUCAGCGUUCUUUUUACUUGACGCGACCUGUAUUUUAAAGCAGUUUUCAUUCCAGAGUAGAAGUGUCAGAGCUAUAUCUUCUAGCACUAUCAAUUCACAAUGGAAUAAAUACUGCUACAAGACAUCAUGGUAACCCGUAACCACCCUUGGAGACAAAGUUUUGCUUUUGAUAAUUGAUAAAUCUAUUACAAAGAAAGAAUAGUUUUCUAGUAAUAUUGAAUAAUAUUUAAAGGUAUUAGAUAUCAAC